AUGGCUAACAAAAUGUUGGGCAUCUUCAUCCUCAUAGCAACCAUAGUUGCUCAAGCAAAUGCAGCACAAAAGCAUGAAAUUUAUUGGAAAUACGGUAAAAAGUAUGAUCACGUGCCCUUGCAGAGCUUCAAUACAUUCGAAAUUGGUGAUACUUUAGUUUUCAUAUAUCCUCGUGGAACACACGAUGUGAUUGAAGUAGAUGAGAAAAGCUUUGAAGAUUGUGUGGUGCCUCCUUCUGCUAAACCUCUCACAAGUGGAAAGGAUGUGAUAAAGAUAGAUGCCCCAGGAAAAAGAUGGUUCAUUUGUGGAUUUAAAAACGGAAAGCAUUGUAAGGAUGGUGGUAUGAAGCUUAUGAUAAAUAUCCAGAAGCCCGUGGCUCAGGGAGGAAGAAAACUACCAAAUUAA